ACAGAAUAAUGGGGUUCUGCUCUUACUGCUCUGAGUUUAGUUCUCAUAGCAAGACAGCAUCUUUUCCCACUAAAAAUUUUGGGUUUUUUCACAACCAUUUUCAUAUUAAAACUAAGGACUUGAUGUCCUCAGUGCCUGUAAUCAUGGCAUUUCUCUCCAUGGUGUUUCAACUGCAUAACGACAGAAGACCUGCUCUUGAGCCUGACACAGGUGGGCUGAGCCGCGAGAUCCCGGCGGACAAACAGAGUUAUUCCGUUGAUAAUGAGGAACCUCUGCCCAGUCUGGAGAUUACUGUGCCACGUGACUUAGCAGAUGGGUUCAUCAAUAAUAAACGAGAAAGCUACAAGUUCAAAUUUCAGAAAAUUUUUGAUCAAGAGGCAAAACAAGAUGUGAUUUUUGACAGCAUUGCCAAACCAGUAGCAGAAUGUGUUUUGGCUGGAUACAAUGGAACUAUCUUUGCAUAUGGUCAGACAGGCAGUGGCAAAACUUUUACCAUCACAGGAGGAGCUGAACGUUACAGUGAUCGAGGCAUCAUUCCCAGGACUUUAUCUUAUAUUUUUGAUCAAUUGCAGAAGGAUAGCAGUAAAGUGUACACAACUCAUGUUUCCUACUUAGAAAUCUACAAUGAAUGUGGUUAUGAUCUGCUGGACCCAAGACAUGAGGCCUCCAGAAUGGAAGAUUUGCCAAAAGUGACAAUAAUGGAAGACUCUGAUCAAAAUAUUCAUCUGAAAAACUUGUCUCUUCAGCAAGCAACCAAUGAAGAGGAAGCCUUAAACCUACUCUUCUUGGGGGACACCAACAGAAUGAUUGCUGAGACACCAAUGAAUCAAGCCUCAAGCCGGUCUCACUGCAUUUUCACUAUUCACAUCUCCAGCAAGGAACCUGGAUCUGCAUCUAUCCGACGCUCCAAACUGCAUUUAGUUGAUCUUGCUGGAUCAGAACGUGUUGCAAAGACUGGAAUUGGAGGUCACUUACUGACAGAGGCAAAAUAUAUCAACCUGUCAUUGCAUUAUUUGGAGCAGGUAAUAAUUGCCCUUGCAGAGAAAAACCGGUCCCACAUUCCUUACCGAAACUCUAUGAUGACCUCAGUGCUAAGAGACAGCCUGGGAGGAAACUGCAUGACUACUAUGAUAGCAAUGCUUGCUAUGGACAAAAGAAACAUAGAUGAAUCUAUAUCAACCUGCAGAUUUGCACAGCGAGUUGCUCUUAUUAAGAAUGAAGCAGUUCUUAAUGAAGAAAUUGACCCCAGAUUGAUGAUUUUCCAGCUGAAAAAGGAGAUCCAGGAUUUGAGGGAUGAGUUGGCACUGGUGACUGGCAAGCAAAGAACAUCAGAGCUUUCCCAAGAAGAGCUACUUCAGUUGGAUGAGUUAAUUGAGACAUUUCUCAAGGAUGAUGAUCCUGAUAGCUCUCUGGAUGUUGGUGCUGACAUGCGGAAGAUCAAGUAUUGCUUCAUUCAUAUGAAGCAAAUUAUAAAUCAUCCAAUGACUUCAGGUGAAAAACUGCUCUCACAAGACAUCUCUGAAGAAAAAAACAGUAAUGAAGAACUGGAAAAACUGAAAGGACUUCUGCAACAAAGAGACAAUGAAAUCAAUAUUCUGGUAACUAUGCUGAAAAAAGAAAAAAAGAAAGCACGAGAUACUCUUUCCCAGCUUAAUGCCACCUCUGCAGGUUCUACAGUCUUGGAGCAGGCUCCUUCUAUGAGCUUGGAAGAAAGUCAGAGUCCAUCUAGAUGUUCUAGUCUGAAAGAGGCCAAAGUUUCCAGCUCUUCUGUUCCCAGACUACCUUUUCUUUCCAGAGCAACAGGAGGAAAGAUGUCACUUGGAUAUCAGGAAGCUUUUGAAGUUUUCAAGCAGGACCAUGCUGAUAGUAUAACCAUUGAGGACAACAAACAGCUUCUGAAGCAGAGGUUUGAUGAAGCUAAAUGCCUUGGAGAGAAAUUAAAUGAAGUGAGAAAUAAAAUAAACCAUCUCAAAGGAAAGAUAAUCCAGAGGCAGAUACAGAGAGCAGCUCUAGCUGUUUCAAAUCCUUCUGAAGAACUAACGUUUGAUCCAGUAGAAGAGAAUCUUCGAAUGCAAAUUGAAGAAGAAAAAAAAAGCUAUAAAACAGUGUACAGUCGUUUCAAAGGACUAAAGGUAGAGAUUGAGCACCUGCAGCUUCUUAUGGAAAAAGUGAAGAUGAAGCUGCAAAAAGACUUUGAAGUCUGGUGGUCUGAAGAGGCAAAAAAGUUACAACAGGAAAAGCCAGAGAUUGUUGCCUCCCCAAAUACUGUCACUGUUUAUCCACAGUUUAUCAGAUCCUCACAGCACCUAUCACCUAUCAGUUUUUCAGACACCAGUAGAGACAGCCCUAAUGAAGAUCCAUCUGUGAAAAACAAUUCAGUCACUUUUGGUAGCCCAAAUUUAAAAACAAGGACCCCACCAAGUUCAAGUACAUCUAUUCCUCUGACUGGAGACAGCCAGGCUGAUGCUGACAUCCUAGCUUUCAUUAAAGCAAGACAGAACAUCCUGCAGAAGAAAGGUUUGGGGAACAAAUGAAAUUCUUGUCACAGUCCACUAUUUCCUUUUAGAAACAGGGAAAGACCUUUAUUCUUUCCCUUCCUCUUCUGUUUAGAAACAGGUACAAGUAAGUACUUAAGAUGUACAGGUUUAAUUGGUAAUGGCAUAUAAAUUGUCUUUGAGAGCAAAAUCCAUUUCUCUCAUAAUAUUUGCACUCAGUAUCUUCACUUUGCAUUAAGAUUAACAAAACUGAAACAACUAAUGAGGAGUUUGCUAAACAUGUUUGUUUAUGAGAAGUCAUUGUACAUUUCUAAAUGUUAAAAUUAUCUAAUGUACUAAUGCUCCUAUACAUCUUUAAUCUGGGAAAGGCUUAUUACUACUGGUAGGGGGUUUUUUGCAUUGAUUCGCAUUCUGCUUUGUUAAUUAUGCCUAUUGAACAUCAAGAGAUAUCCAUUCAAUAACAGUAGUUAUCUGGGUUAUAAAAUUCCAUAAAAUUUAAUAUGAUAUUUUUUCCCCCUCAAGGAAUAACAAUUUUCAUAUCAGAUUAUUAGAAUGCCAAGAUUGCAUUGUAAUAUAAAACCAAAUGUAUUUUAGAAAGUAAUUCUAGAGCUCAAAAUUUCUUUUUAUUUGAAUGGACUAAAUGUUGUGCAGAAUGGAUUAAAUGUUGUGCAAAAUGCACACCCUCCCAGAAUAUACAAGUUUCAGAAGAAAAAACUACACUUAAUAGGCUUUAAACUGAACAAAGCCAAUACUUCUGAAGCACCAAUGAGAUGAAAAAUUUAAAUGCAUUUAUAUCUUAUAUGCAAUGUAAUUACACUAUUGACUUGGCACUAUCUUACUGUGUAAUAUCCAGUUAUGAAACAAUUUGUUUUAUGCAUCAAAUUAAAAUCAAAAAUGCAGUGCAAAGUACAGUCUAUUUCUCUGAGAUAUACAUACUACCGUAUUGAAGCUGUCACUUUUCAUGCCAGUGAUAAUCUUAAAGUCAUGCAUUUAGAAGUGUGUGGGUUGGUCACAUAAAAAUAAAACAAUAUAUUGGCAGAAGUCACAUAUUCUCAAGGAUGUAUAUUUCUUUAUAUACAUGCUGAUACUUAAUUCUUUGUCAAAUUCAUAAUUAUACAGAACUACAUGGUGAAUUGCUGUGUUCAAACCUAUAGAACAUGUUUAUCAAAUUAACAAUCAAUAUGCAUUUAGUUCAAAAAUAUUAAAGUUGUACCUUUUUUGCAUUUUAAUUUUCUGUAAAAGUCAACACAGACCCCAUAUAAAUUGGUAAGCUUUAGCUGAAUUUAGUGUGUGCAAACUGAGACAAAAGUCAGAUCUACUCUUGCUUUGAGAAGAGUUCAAGGAUUUGGUCAGAAUUUGAAAAAUCUACAAGCCUUCUCCCUUUUAUAUGUCUGCUUUGUUGGCGAUUAUAUUAAAAUGUCCUUCUUUUAGAA